GUUAGUGCUAACACUAAUUACAGUACAGAACUCCUGUGUUGCUCUGUUGAGAACUAAUUCAAAAUGGCUCGGUUGUUCUCUAAUCUGGGCCAUUAUCAUUUGUUAUCUAGUAAUAUCGGGGGUUAAUAUGUACGUGUUAGUGUCAGUUUAGCAAUUACGGACGGAUAUCGCCAAUCGAGUGCAUUAAAAUGGCGGAAGAGCCACAAGUGAUCUUCGUCAUCAGACUGAUCGUGGAGAUCAUCUGGACCAUCCUCAGACUGAUCUUUGAGAUACUUAGAGCUGUCUACAACUUCUUCUUGCCACGUGAACCUAAAGACAUUUCCGAAGACAUUGUUUUGAUCACAGGCGCUGGCCAUGGCAUGGGCAGAGAGAUUGCUCUUAGACUGGGCAAUUUAGGAGCGAAGAUAGUCUGUGUGGACGUCAACCCCACAGGGAAUGAGGAAACAGUAAAGAUGAUCAAGGACCAGAAAGGAUCUGCUUACAAAUAUCAAUGCGAUGUCACAAACCGCGCUGCAGUCUUUGAGCUAGCAUCCAAAGUCCAAAAAGAAGUUGGCGAUGUUACCAUCCUCGUCAACAAUGCCGGCAUCAUGCCAUGCAGGCCUCUGCUCAAACAGAGUGAGAAAGAGAUCAGAACCAUGAUGGAUAUCAACGUCAAUGGAGUUUUGUGGUGCAUUCAAGCCUUCCUACCCACAAUGAUCGAGCGCAACCAAGGCCACAUCGUGUCCAUGGCUUCCAUGGCCGGUCUCAUGGGCCUCAGGAACAUAGUCCCUUACUGCGGGUCCAAGUACGCGGUGCGAGGCAUCAUGGAGGCGCUGAAGGUGGAACUACACGAAGACCGCUCAAGGGAUACUAACGGGAUAAAACUAACCACGAUUUGCCCAACGAUGGUGAAUACCGGUCUCUGCCACAGACCUAACAUAAAAUUCCCCACGCUGAUGAGGAUGGUGGAACCCGAAGAAGCGGCCGACCAGAUCGUUGACGCGAUCCGCAGGGAGUACCUGGAGAUCACCGUGCCCAGUUAUUUGUACUACUGCAUUAAGCUGUACAGAAUGUUACCCUUCAACGUUGCUUUGGUAGCCAACGACUUCGUUGCCACUGGCCUGGAUCCUGAUGGUAUCGAUACAGUCGUCCCUUGAAUUAAUUUAUACUGCGGGCUGGCGGCAAUGCCUAUGCUUUUACUUAUACUGUGACACGCGCUAAUAACGCGCCUUAUUUGGUAAUGUUCGCGGUCCUCGAUCGUGAUUGGCGCUCGCAGUCGCUAUAGUCCGUGGAUAGCAUCACGUGUUCCCGCUUCCCGCGCCCGCUUUCAAGUCAGUCUGUGUCGUCGUUCGUCUUGUAACAGUCGUGUGUGCUAAGAUAAAUGUUCCGUAAAGUGUUAAGGCUCCUCAUUGUACGAUAAUAAACGCUGUUGUACCUACCUAA